AUGAGUGCUUCACUGAUUUCAGCGUCGACAUUAGCUUUUGCCGCGCUCUGCGGCGCCCUCGCACCCUCGGGGCCGUGGGACGCGUUCAACUACGCGCCAGACUCGCGGACGGUCGUGCCAGCCUCUGUUCACGGGACGAGCGGGAACGUCGCGGGUGCAGAUGCGCUGGUGAACGCGACGAGCGGAAGUGGCAGCGCGACGCUGACCGGGGAUGGGUCGUAUGUGACGCUUGAUUUUGGGAAGGAGGUCGGCGGCAUCGUCUCGCUCCAAAUCACCAACGCGACAAGCUCCUCCGCGUUCUCUCUUUCCUUCACCGAAUCUCCUCUAUUCAUCAGCCCUACGGAGAGCGACGACUCGUCGUACACGACCCACCUCGAGAACUCGGACGGCGUCGAGGCCGUACUUGCUCCGCUGACCACCGGCUUGUGGACGCAGCCCGCAGCGCUCCUCCGCGGCGGCUUCCGGUAUCUCACGAUCGUGUCGAACGCGGACGACGCGUUGUCGAUUGCCAAUGUGUCACUGGGGAUCACGUUCGAGCCGACGAUGGAGGGCUCACUGAAAGACUACACGGGAUAUUUCUAUACUCAGGAUAGCGGCUCAGAGGACCCGGACUUUUUGAAUAAGGUGUGGUAUGGGGGCGCGUAUACGGUGCAGACGAAUAUUAUUGCGUCUGACCAGGCGAGGCAAAACUCGCCAGGCUAUGCUGGAUGGGCAAAUAAUGCUUCUGGUGGCCCAGUUGACGGACCUAUCCUCGUGGACGGUGCGAAGCGUGAUCGAAAUGUCUGGCCUGGCGACAUGGGCAUAUCAUCGCACACGCGCCAAGUAUCCGUGAACGACCUCCUGCCGCUGAAUAACUCCCUCCGCGUCAUGUUCGCGUCGCAGAACCCCAACGGCGCGCUUCAGUACUCAGGCCCACCAAUCAACGCGUCCGGGAGCGACACAUACAUCUCGUGGACACUCAUCGGGCUGCACAACUACUACCUCUACACGGGCGAUUUGAGCCUCGUGCAGGACGUGUGGGCGAACUACACGAAGGCGGUCGCGUUCCUUGCGAGCCAGGUGGAUGAGACUGGGCUGAUCGAUGUGCCGGUGGCGUAUUCGAACGAUUGGGGGAGGUUGAAUGGGCAGGGGCAUAAUUCGGCUGCGAAUGCUUUGUACUAUGCUACACUCGUCACAGGCGCUGAGCUAGCCACGGCAGUUGGUGACACCGCCACCGCGACCUCGUACAAUGCGAAUGCGACAGCCGUGAAGGCAGCGUACAACCAGCUACUGUGGGACGCGGAUGUGGGCAUGUUCCGGGACAACGAGACGUCGACGAUGUACCCACAGGAUGGCAACUCGAUCGCGGUUGUGUUUAAUCUCACGACGUCGCACGAGCAGAACGCGAACAUCAGCAAUGGGUUGACGAACUACUGGACCCCGAUUGGGCCGGUGUGUCCUGAGCUGAAUGAUACGAUCAUCCCGUUUGUUGGUGGGAUUGAGAUCGAAGCACAUUUCGUUGCUGGGAACGGGAGCCGGGCGCUGGAUCUGAUUCGUCAAGAGUGGGGGUAUAUCAUGACCACGAAUCUGAGUGUGCAGUCGACGUUCCUUGAGGGGUACACUACCAAUGGUUCUCUCUACUAUCGCGGCGCGGACGGAUACGACUACGAUGCAUCCUACACGUCCCACUCGCACGGAUGGAGCACCGGUCCGACUCCCGCGCUCUCGUUCUACGUCGCGGGCUUGCAGCUCGAGUCUACGCAGGGUGCGACGUGGAGUCUCGCUCCGGUUCUGUCUGGGCUUAGCGCAGCGCAAGGCGGAUACGAGACCCCGCUCGGAUGGUUCGGCGCCAACUGGACCGUCGCGGGCGGAAACCUGACGGUGCAGGUGUCGACUCCAGCAGGCACGAACGGAACAGCGACCUUGCCUGGAACUGGAAGUGUUACCGUUGAUGGACAGGACGCCGGUAGCGGGUCUAUGAGUCUGACUGGGGGUAAUCAUACGCUUGUACAGGCUGUGUGAGGUAAAACUACGCUAAUGGGGC